CAAAGUAAAUGACAUAUAAAGAAUACUAAGUUGAAUCAAUAUUUCAACAAUAGGAAAUGACUGAAUGGGUACUUCUAAAAAUGUUAAACAAGUGAUUGCGGGUGGAGUGGCAGGAUGUGUGUCAAAAACUAUUAUUGCUCCAAUGGACAGGGUGAAGAUCCUACUACAAGCCCAACAUCCAUAUUACAAGAAACAUGGAGUAUUUUCUACAGUUGUACAAAUAGUGAAAAGGGAAGGUGUAAUGGCUCUGUGGAAAGGCAACAGUAUGAUGAUGCUUAGGAUAUUUCCAUAUGCAUCUAUACAGUUUUUUGCAUUUGAAAGAUUUCGAAACUUUUAUACUGGAUUAUUUGGACAAUGGCAUAUAAACAAUUUAAUAUCUGGCUCGAGUGCUGGAGUAGCAGCUGUAUUGUCAACAUAUCCUAUGGAUAUGGUACGUGCAAGACUUGCUUAUCAAAUCACAGGUGAACAUGUUUAUGGAGGUAUUGUAGACGCUUUUACCACCAUUUAUGCAAAUGAAGGAGGGGUUAGAGGAUUCUAUCGUGGUAUUUCAGCAACAUUAGUGGGAAUGAUUCCUUAUGCUGGAUUUUCAUUUUACACUUUUGAGACUUUGAAGCAUGUUGGAAUUGACUAUUUUCCUGGUUUUCUGGCAAAACAAGACCCUUAUAAUGAUGAAGUCUUGAUGCUUCGCCCAUGGGCUUCCAUGCUGGUGGGGGGUUUGGCUGGUGCACUCGCUCAGACUAUCUCUUUUCCUUGUGAUGUUGCAAGACGCAGAAUGCAGCUUGCAGCUUUAUUACCAGAAUCCCACAAUUAUAACAGAUUAUGGUCUACUUGGGUGGCUGUGUAUAAAAAAGAUGGCAUCAGACGAGGUCUUUUUCGGGGACUUAGUAUUAAUUAUAUCAGAGUUGUACCUCAGCAAGCGAUAGCAUUCACUGUGUAUGAAUUUAUGCGAGCAACGCUUAGACUCAAUGAGCCGAAUGUUAAGAAAAAACCUGUAGUUUGAAUUUUUAUAUGCAAUAUUAAUGAACUAGAAUCAAAUAGAAUGUUUGCCAAAAAUAUUACAUAUGAAUAAAUAAUAAUAUGUCUUAUUUCUGUAUUUAACUUAGAUUUGAGAAUUGAUUCAAAUAUUUUGUUUAUUGCAUAUAAUGUACAAUAAUUCAUGGUUGUGUAGUAUGGUAGUUUACUGCUCGAUAUCUGUGCAUAAAUUUAAUCCAUUCAUGACGUGAAAUUCUAUACUGAUAUUUCUGAAUCAUGUCCGGAAAAAGACGCGCUGCUAUUGUGAUUCAGAAUUUAAUCUUGGAGAAUUUAUCAUAAAAAGUCAUAAUUUUAUCCUAGCAUGAUUUUGGGAUGUAUCAAACUCGGGUAAAAACUCUCGUUAUGAAAACCCUCCUAAAAAAUUUUCUUAUGUCAAUCAGUUAUAUUGUAUUUUAUUCAUUGUAUUUUAAAAAUGGUUUAUUAUUAUUACUAUUAGAGAACGCCAAUUAAUGUAUUGAAUUGAAUUUCAUGGCAUCUCUAAAUUAAGAGCGAAAUUCUCAUAAAUACGGUACCAAUAUUUAUGUGGUGGUAAUACCUAAAUAGAGCGCUAUGUUAUUUUUAUCUUCAUUUCAUAGCAUAUGGAAGAGCAAUUUUCUGUUUAUUUCCAUUUUUCAUUAUUUAUCAUUUCAGAGGUAAAAAGUAAUUUACUUGUUGUCACUGAAGGGCAAAGUAGUUAGGAGUAUAGUUUGUGCGGCCUCUAUGGUAAAAUCUAAAAUGAUAAAUGUUUAUUUUGAAAUGUUUGUUGUCUGCCUCUUGUAAAAAGCCUCAUUCUUUUAAUUUACAUAGCCACGCAGGUUUUUAUUUUUUUUUUCUGAUCAGAAAUUUGUGUAAGUGAUUUGCAAAUGCAAUGCAAUAAUAGUUGGCUACAGACUACAAUGUAUUUCAUGUACUAGUAUAUCGUUGUUAAUUUUUUCCUUACAGUUUAGUAAUUUUUUAAAUUUUGUUUAUUUCAUCGUUUUUAAACUUGACAUAUUUUCUCUUUCAUCGUGAUUGACCUAAUUCACUUUAUUUUCCAAAG